AACUUCAUUUUCACUAAAAAUAAUUAAAAAACAAAUCUAAAAUUCCUACUCUUGUGAUAAAACAGAGUGCCACCCUCCAGGGUGGUGUGUGAUAAUUAUAAAACACUCCUGAUGGUUAGUGAAUUGAUUUACUCAUAACACAGGCAAUCUGCAGGUAUCCAAAAGGACCUGAGCUGCCACUCCCCCUUCACCUCCGACUCCACCUCGUCCAGUUUAUCGUCGUAUUCAUGGUCCAAAAGAUCAUCGCCUCCAGCCGCACUAGCGGCAGUUCCGCCCGUGCUCCUCCGGCUGUUCGGCGUGGUGCGGGAGAUAUCCUCGUAGCGGAGUAUUUGAAUUUUCUCUUCGUAUGGAUAACACGAGUAUUGCCACUCGUCUUCGGGUCGUCCUUCUGGAUCGCAGGGCCCAGGCCCGCGGGAGCAUAUAGUGAACACGAGCCAGUGCGGGUAGCGAAACCGGUCGUAGUCGCAACUGUAGACCGAGAUGCACGACGCGUCUUCGUCGGCGGUUCGUUUCGCUGCAGUUUCGUUUGCGGCGAGUUGCCGGCAGGUCUCCGUGUCCAGGUCCGUGAGGUUCCAGAAGGGGUAGUCGGAGCGCAAGGCCACGUUACGUCGGUACAACCUCGCCAGGAGCUCCUCGGACGGCGCUGGGGGUAG